UUAAAAUGGAGCAUUUUGAUGCAUCACAAAGUACCUAUUUUAGGGCAUUACUGGGCCCCCGAGAUACCAGAGUGAAAGGAUGGUUUCUUCUGGACAAUUAUAUACCUACAUUUAUCUGCUCAAGCAUAUACUUAUUAAUAGUAUGGCUGGGACCUAAAUACAUGAAGAAUAGACAACCAUUCUCUUGUCGGGGCAUUCUAGUGCUGUAUAACCUUGGACUUACAUUACUGUCCCUCUAUAUGUUCUUUGAGUUAGUGACAGGAGUAUGGGAAGGCAAAUACAAUUUCUUCUGUCAGGGAACACGCAACGCAGGAGAAUCAGACAUGAAGAUCAUUCGUGUCCUCUGGUGGUAUUACUUCUCCAAACUCAUAGAAUUCAUGGACACCUUCUUCUUCAUCUUACGCAAGAACAACCAUCAGAUCACGGUCCUGCAUGUGUACCACCACGCCUCGAUGCUGAACAUCUGGUGGUUUGUGAUGAACUGGGUGCCCUGUGGCCACUCUUACUUUGGUGCCACACUCAACAGUUUCAUCCACGUCCUCAUGUACUCAUACUAUGGCCUGUCGUCUGUCCCUUCCAUGCGUCCAUAUCUCUGGUGGAAGAAGUACAUCACUCAGGGGCAGCUGAUCCAGUUUGUGCUGACAAUCAUCCAGACCAGCUGCGGGGUCAUCUGGCCCUGCACGUUCCCUCUUGGCUGGUUAUAUUUCCAGAUUGGAUACAUGAUUUCUCUGAUUACUCUCUUCACAAAUUUCUACAUUCAGACUUACAACAAGAAGGGGACCUCCCGGAGGAAAGACCACCUGAAGGACCAUCAGAAUGGAUCCGCGGCGGCUGUGAACGGACAUACUAACAGCUUUACUUCCCUGGAAAACCACGUGAAACCAAGGAAACAACGGAAGGAUUGAAGACCAAGAGUUGAAAACCUCCAAACCACGCGUCUGAUUGUAAGCACAGUAAUGAGUUGUGCCCCCCGAUGCUCGUUAACAGCUGCUGUAACUAGUUGGCCUACAAUAGUGUGAUUCAUGUAGGACCUCUUUCAUCAGUUCCAAACCCCUAGAAAAUGUAUACUGAUUAUACAAGUAGGCAUAAGAUUUUUAACAUUUCUGGGCUCUCACCGACCCCUGCGCUUGACUGUGGAAAAGGGAGUAUUAUUGUAGUAUACGACACUGCUGUUGCCUUAUUAGUUUUAACAUGAUAGGUGCUGAAUUGUGGUUCACAAUUUAUGAACACUGUAAUCCAAACUUUUUUUUUUUUAACUGUAGAUCUUGCAUGUGAUUGUAAAUGUAAAUUUGUACAAUGUUACCGUAGAGAAACACACAUGCCUUAAAAUUUAAAAAGCAGGGCCCAAAGCUUAUUAGUUCAACUUAGGGUAUGUUUCAAGUUUGUAUUCCUUUUUUUAAUAGCUCUGUUUAGAAACAUCAAAGACCAUGAUUUGUGGAACAACCAGUGCGUGGCAUCUAGUCUCAAGUGACUUUGUAAUGUGAAGUCAGAAUGGCACUGUCUGUUUUGUAAUAUUGGCUUUUAAAUCAAGCAAGCUCAAAUCUAGUGGAACAGUCAGUUUUAACUUUUUAACAGAUCUUAUUUUUUUAUUUUGAGUGCCACUAUUAAUAAUGUAAGAAAAGAAAAGUUUGAGGGGGACUCUAAAGUGGUCUUGAUGAAACUUUAAAUAUAUAUUCCUUGUCUUUUCAGAUUUUAGAAAGUAGGGUGACUAGGCGGUUUUUAAUUUCUGAAGUGCUAAGUGUUUUUAUACAAGAAACAAAGCCCAUUUUGCUUUCCAAAGUGUGGAGAGAGAGGAGAUAUGUACUUUUCAAAGAUGGUGUUUGAAUAUGUAUUAUUUGACAGAGUCCAAUUAAUGAGCAAUGAGGAGCUGGUUGCCAAGGUCCAAAUACAUAUGGAUUUCUGUACUGUUAUCUGUAUUUACACAGACUUCAUUUUGAAAUGUGCCUAGUUUACCAAAAUGAAUUAAAGGAGGGAAAGAGGGAUAUUAGAAUUUUUAAGGUAAAAUUAAACAGAUAGCCACAGCAUAAGAGAACCAGGAUUGGAUGGAGGUCAUUUGUUUUAAUGUAAUUUAAAUGUAAUUGUCGUGUCUUUCUGCUUAAAAUCUAAAGAUUGUUUAGAACUGCUUGUUCAUAAAUAAUACACUGUUUAUUGUAAAAUCAUGUCUCACAUGUUUGAGGCAGUGGUCAAACAGAUACGAACUAUCGUUUGUCAUUUUAAAGUGUUGGAAUUUAGCCUCUGAGAACCUUCUUCAUUGAAAAGCAUAAACAUCGAACCACUCAUGACACAGUUUAGGAAGUCAUUGACAAUGUAUAAACUAGUUGUUGGUUUGAUAUGUGUGUAAAUAUCAGUUUACCAUGCUUUAAUUUUGCACAUUCAUACUGUAGGGAGCCACCGGUUCUCUUAUUAGUCUUGUGGGUGUUCUUUUUGGAAGGAGUCACAGCAUCUGUUUACAUUUACCUUAUCAGCCCUAGAUUGUGUAUAUUUGUAAAUGUCUGUCUUCAUUCCUAGGUACUAGUUUGAAAAUGACCUUACCUAUGUCAAUACAGAAACUAUAACAUUUAGUAGUGUGCUGUCAAAUGUGCUUAACUCAUCUGCAUAUACCCACACUGUUAAAUAAUGUCUAAACAUUAAUCAUUAAAACAUUUUUUGAUUA